UGCUGACAGCACUAAUAAUAAUAUUACUGUUUAAAUAGGAAUUUAAUAUUUUUAAAGACUUGGUAAAUUAUUUAAAAAUACUCCAACUCAUGAUAAACUUAAUUUAUCCUUAUCUUAAAUGGUUUAAACUUCAGUGUGAUUGUCCUUUUUCAUAUUAUUUCAUAAUAAUUCACCCAUUUCCACUGACUGAAUUUUGCAGCUUGGUGUUCUUUUCUAUUAUAUCACACUAGAGUCUUUUUAAUCAAAAGAAGAGUUCAACUUUGGAGAGCAUUUUUAACUACAUGGUUUAGCAAAGUAUUAAAGAAAGUAAAUAUUCAACUUAGUUUUAUGUUAUUCUGUUGGACCGCUUAAAUUGGUACAAGGGAGAACCAGGCCAAGUCAUGCCCAUCCUCUGAUAACAUUGUCAUGCAGAUACUCUGUUCAUUUCUUCACUCAGAUGAAGCCCUGUCUAAACUUUUACAAAAGUUUCAGUGUUUUUGAUCUUAAUGUAGGUCAUGUAGAUCCAGACACAAGUAAACAUAAUAUGGACAAACACCAGAGAAAGAAUUGAGGACACCAGAAGAAUCCACUUGGCCUGCAGGGACAUUUCCAGUUGACUGGAAAUAUUCAAAACGGUCUAUACUUUUAAUUUUUCACUUCUCUGACUGUGUUUUAUAGAGCAGAACCUAAAAUAAAUCACUGUUUACGUGAAACCUAAGAGAAAAGAACAAGUCUGGACAAACAGACAUCCAUAAAAUCUGCUUAAAAAAUAGCCUGAUUUUAAUUUCAUAGCAGUUUAACUUUGUGCACUCCUCCUAUCGUGCAACAGGCAGUGUUUUAUAACUGCACAUGUCUGAUCUUCUUUGCUGCUUCUGAGAAGACAAAAGAGUUCUGACAAUGGGACAUGACACAAAUGGACUCAAUCUGCAGAGGGAAGUGGGGAUCAUAGGAGCAAUUUCCUUCAUUGGUGGGACCAUGAUUGGAUCUGGGAUCUUCAUUUCUCCCCAGUACGUCCUUUCCACUAUUGGGAGCCCAGGGGCCAGCUUCAUUAUAUGGUCCUGCUGUGGACUGAUAGCCAUGCUGGGGGGGCUGUGCUAUGCUGAACUGGGCACUAUCAUACCAGAGUCUGGAGCCGAGUACAUUUACAUACUGCGGACUGCAGGGAAAGUGGUGGCCUUCAUGUUCGUCUUCAGCUUCAUCAUGGUCAUGAGGCCGGCUAGUGGCACAGGAAUCGCUCUCAGCUUUGCUGAGUACGCUGUGGCCCCCUUUUACAGCGGCUGCACUCCUCCACAGCUGGCAGUGAAGUUUGUGGCUGCCGGAUCAAUCUUGAUGCUGGCUAUAAUCAACUGUCUGAAUGUCCGCUUGGCCACUGGCAUCCAGGUGGUCACCAUGGCAGUGAAGGUGGUGGCCCUGGUGGUGAUCAUCCUGGGAGGCAUUGUGAUGCUUUUCCAGGGCCACACUGAGAACUUUGAGGACUCCUUUGAGGGAACCAACGUAGGGGUCAGCUCCAUUGGCAUUGCUUUCUAUCAGGGCUUGUGGUCAUAUGAUGGCUGGAACACUUUAAAUUGUUUAACUGAGGAGGUGAAACAUCCAGAAGUGAAUCUUCCUCGGGCGGUGCUGAUAGCCAUUUCUCUUGUGACUACUUUGUACCUGCUGGUGAAUGUGAGCUAUCUGACAGUAAUGACGCCUAAAGAGCUCAUGUCCUCAAGCGCGGUAGCAGUUACCUGGGGGAAUAAGGUGCUGGGCAGCUGGGGCUGGGUCAUGUCUGUGGCCGCAGCCUUGUCAGCUUUCGGUUCUCUAAACGGGACGUUCUUCAGCGGCGGCCGUGUGUGCUUUGUUGCUGCCCGGGAAGGACACAUGCCAGAUAUUCUGUCCAUGGCCCACGUCCACAGACUGACUCCAUCUCCGGCGCUGAUCUUCACCACAAUAAUCUCUCUGGUGGUGCUGAUUCCUGGAGACUUUCAGAGUAUCGUCAACUACUUCAGUUUCACCGCCUGGUUUUUCUAUGCCAUUGUCCUGUCUGGGCUCAUCUAUCUCAAAAUCAAGAAGCCAGACCUCCCCAGGCCAUACAAGGUUCCCAUUGUAAUUCCUAUACUGGUCCUCGCUGCAGCGAUAUUCCUCGUGCUGGCACCCAUCAUAGACAAUCCUCAGAUUGAGUACCUCUACGUGGCUUUAUUUAUCUUAAGUGGCGUUAUAGUCUACAUACCCUUCAUCCAUUACAAGCUCUGCCCAGGAGUGUUGGACAAGUUAACAGUGUUCCUGCAGCUCUUCUUAGAGGUCGCCCCUGCAGACAAAAACCUGUAAUUUUUACUGAACACACAUGGAUAGCAUCUUUGAUAACAUGCAGAUAACUGAAAGCUACCAAUAAAAUAAGCCUUUUUCCAUGGAUUAUCCUUACAUGUUAAAUUACAUCUGAUAAUGCAGUGUUGCUGUUUUAUGUAAAGGUGCAUUUAAAGUGUUUUACUUGCAUUUUUAAAAUUAUCUUAUUGUAAAUUCACAACUUUCAUUUAAGCUCAUUGUAAAAGAUUUUUUGAAAGAUGUUUAAGUUCAAAACUCAAGAUUUACAGGGGAAAUCCAUGUUUGUUAUCUUUUUUUAAUACAUCCAUCCAUCCAUUCGCUUCCGCUUAUCCUUAUCCUUUUUUUAAUACAAUAAACACUAAAACACGCUAUAAUUCAGCAUUGCAGGGGACUUUACAGCUCUGCCAUUUACUGCAUGUCAGUCCUACCUUGCUGUCACUUUAUAAUCAACAAAAAAAUAAAGUAUUUCAAACAUAUCAGCAAA